UUACUUUCAGCAAGCAUUAAAACAAUACGAAAACAAAUCCAAACCCGGACAUUUUACGCAAUUUAGAAAUCCUGGCCAGGACAUUUUCAAAGAGAGGACGUAUGAUCAACUUGAAUUACAUUUGUUUUAAGAUGCCAGUUCACCCGCGAGAUAGAAAAGAGAAUAGCCACGAAGAAAUGGACGUGGACUAUCCCGAGCAAGAGGCCAGCAGCUCCGACGAAGAGGACUCGGUGAGCUCGAGCGCGUCUGAAGAUGGAGACACUUCAGACAUGGAUGAUGAAGACUGUGAAAGAAGGCGCAUGGAGUGUUUGGAUGAGAUGACUAAUCUUGAGAAGCAGUUCACAGACCUGAAGGAUCAUUUGUAUAAGGAGAGACUGAGUCAGGUGGAUCUUAAACUGCAAGAAGUGAUUGCUGGCAGUGCUCUGGAGUACCUCGAACCCCUGGCCACCCUGCAGGAGAACAUGCAGAUCCGAACCAAAGUCGCAGGGAUCUACCGUGAGCUCUGCUUGGAAUCUGUUAGAAACAAAUACGACUGUGAGAUGCAAGCAGCCAGCCAGCAUUGGGAGAGUGAGAAGCUCCUGCUUUUCGACACGGUUCAGGGUGAACUGGAGGAGAAGAUCAGACGACUGGAGGAGGACAGACACAGUAUUGAUAUAACUUCAGAACUGUGGAAUGAUGGUCUGCAGUCUAAGAAGAAUAAAAAGAAGGAUCCCCUGAGUCCUGGAAAGAAGAAGAAACCUGUGGUUGUGUCCGGACCAUACAUUGUUUACAUGCUGCAAGACCUGGAUAUACUUGAAGACUGGACUGCCAUAAGAAAGGCAAUGGCUUCAGUGGGUCCUCAUAGAGUAAAAGUAGAUGCUCCUUUGAAAGCAGAACGACAGCAUCAUGUUGCCCGAUCAGAGGAUGGACGCCUGUUCUAUGACAACAAAUGGUACAGCCGAGGUCAGGCCAUAUGUAUCAACAGGAAGGACGAGUACCCCACCAGUGCCACGAUAACCACGAUUAACCACGAUGAGGUUUGGUACAAACGUCUGGAUGGCAGCAAAUCAAAGCUUUACAUCUCUCAGCUCCAGAAAGGCAAAUACACUAUAAAACACUCCUAAAGAUCCUCCUCCGUUCCACGCCGCUCUCCGUUUGUCACCAUAUCGACUCGUUCAUGCUGGAUGCUCUUACAUGCAUGCAUCACAUGUUUGCACUUCCUAAGCUCCAGCUGCUAAACAAACACCUGUUCGCCAAGGAAAAGUGAAAGUGUGUGCCUUGAUGACAAGGACGAGCCAGUAAAGCCUUGUUCAAAGCAGAAGCCCAGCUCAUUGGUAUUGCUGAUACUUGGACACAUGACGAUUUCCAUGCUUUUAUGAAAUACAGAGUUUGAUUUACGGAGCAUGUCUCAGUGUUCUGCAGUGAGUUCGUGCCAUGUGUCCUGUUCUGUGUCUGUGAGAUGCAUAAUGUUUUAAAACAACAGAACGGUCCACGAAGUGUUAUUUUUGUACUUGUUCUAAAAAAAAAAAAAAUAGACAACUUGUGAACUCACUUUAAAAGUCUAUAAAAAUGUAUAUAGCAGUAUUUAGGAGAUUGUCUUAGUUUAGUAUUAACGUAACAGGGCUUGUGCAAGUCAUGUAUUCGUUUUGUAACGAUUAUUAUUUUCUGUUAAACUAAUCAAAUGUAGCAUAUUCUGAGCCUUUGAUCAAAUAUAUGAUUCAUGUCAGGCUAUAUUUCUGGUAAAUAUUGUAUUUUUGGAUUGCCCAGAAAGAGAUUCGUGAAAGCCUUCAACAGUUGUGCUGAAUGAUGUUGUAUCAAAUAGUCACAUUCAUUUUACGGUGUCUUAGCACUUGAGUGGUUUCUAAAUGUUAAGUGAGUUGCAUGAUUUGACUUAGUUCAUCAUUUAAUUUCUUUGUUACUGAUUUAAAAAUGCUUUAAUUGAUGCAAUACCAAACACUACACCAUUCCUGACAAAAGAGCCAUGUCUUCUGGACAUCACAGAGCCACAAAAGUCCAACACAUCCAUUUAAUAAAAUCUCUUCAAUCAGUACGGAGUAAAUCAUAUCUGAGUAUUAUGUGACUGAUGCAACAUUUUUUUGAAGCAAAUAAAGAGUUCUGACUGGACUGUGGAUUCACAGACUGUAAUUAUAUUGCUUUAUUUGACACUGGAGUUUCUGUUCGGUUCUCAGUGGAAAUAUCAUAUUCUGUUAUAAAGGUGAUUUUGCAUGGUA